UCAGUUGAUCUUCGGCCGCAAAGGCUAGAGGUUGGAAAAUUGUGGGAUCGGUCCGCUAUACUUUUUCGCUAUAUUUCGCCCGCACCUCGGCAGUUCCGUUACGUGAGUGCAUCUCCGUCGUCUGCGCGGCAAUACACGGCAACAAAGUUUCUCGGUUUGUUUUGCGCAGCCUUGUGAAAAGCGUGAUAGAGCCCAGAUACGAAAAAAACCAACUGAUCGCCAGCCAUCAAUCAGGCCAUCAAUCAGUCAAUGCCGCUUGUCGCAAAUUGGAGCUGCUCUCCCUUCUCGGAGAAAGCCAAAGUGGCAACGUGAAACCUGGACAGUGGAUCAGUGGACUCGAAGGGGUCCGAUACCCAAUCCCAGUGGAGUUUGGCGACAUUGUCGGUGUCGGUGGUGUCUGCCUUUUGGCUAAGUCAGUCAGUUCACAAAUAAGUGAAAGUGAAUUUGCUUAUUGUAUAUUUUGCUAUUACCAAAGCGAAAGAGACGCAUAACACCAUUGAGACAACCAACAUCUACAACUGACUGGGCACUGCAAUUCCAUUCAGCCAGAGAGAUAUCCAGGGAGACGGCACAUCUUGUGGAGUUCAAUCAAUGAGGUUCGCUUCAGAACAGCUGGAACCGCAAACGAAAUCAGUAUGCUAAGUGCCAGCUACAUCAUUUUGGCGGUGCUCAUGUGCCACACGGUAAAUGCCAUCGCCCAGGAAGUGGCCAGAACUGUGCCCACCGCGCCCUCGCCCGCCCAUUUUGCGGAACUAUCGCAGGCGGUCCAGGAUCAGUUGGCGGAGCACGAGGAGCGCCAGCGGGAGCGAGUGCGUCGUGGUCACCGCUCCCGGCGAGCAGUGAAACGGGUCUGCUAUGGCGAACUGGGCUGCUUCGAGGAUUCCGGCCCGUUUGCCUAUCUGGAGAUGCUGCCCUCGCCGCCGGAGGAGAUAAACACCAAGUUCUACUUCUACUCCACGCGCCAGCGUUCCGAUCGCCCGCUGAUGGAGCUGUCCUUCCUGAACAUGACCAAUGCCUUUCGUGGCAAGAGGGAAACGGAGAUGAGCACCUCUUCCCCCGAGGGACCAGCCAGUGGCAGGUCAUCGGUUGGCUCGGCCCCAAGUUCCAUGGCCGCUGUGAACGGCACGUUCACCACAGAACGUCCUGGUGGCGGGCAAAAGAAACCGACACCAUCAAUCGAUGACCUCGAGGGAUUCGAUGAGCUGUCCGUGCGGGUUAUUGUCCAUGGAUUCGGUUCGGCCUGCCCGCACGUGUGGAUUUACGAGAUGAAAACAGCUCUGAUGGCGGUGGAGGACUGCAUUGUGAUCUGCGUGGACUGGGAGAAUGGAGCCACCUUUCCCAAUUAUGUAAGAGCGGCGGCCAACACCCGUUUGGUUGGCAAGCAGCUGGCCAUGCUGCUCAGGAAUCUUCAGCAGCACAAGGGUCUCGACCUGAUGCGCACCCACGUCAUUGGAUUCAGUUUGGGGGCUCACGUAUCCGGAUUUGCUGGCGCUGAGCUGCCGGGCCUUUCCCGCAUCACAGGUCUGGAUCCGGCGGGUCCACUUUUUGAGGCCCAGCAUCCGAAGGUGCGACUGGACAGCAACGAUGCGGAGUUCGUGGACGUUAUCCACUCGAAUGGCGAGAAUCUGAUACUGGGCGGUCUGGGCUCGUGGCAACCGAUGGGCCACGUGGACUACUAUCCCAAUGGUGGUCGGGUGCAAACCGGCUGCUCGAAUCUUUUCGUAGGCGCUGUCACCGAUUUCAUAUGGUCUGCCCAGGCUGCAGAGGACGAGGAGGGUCGUUCCUUGUGCAACCACAGACGAGCCUACAAGUUCUUCAUUGACUCGGUGGCGCCACGCUGCCUGUUCCCCGCCUUCCCCUGCGGAAAUUACGAUGACUUCCUCAAGGGCAGAUGCUUUCCCUGUGCCCAGGAUGAUGAGGAUCUGGCCGAGGGUGUUCCCAGGUGCGGCAACAUGGGCUACUAUGCCGAUCGUUCGACGGGCAGGGGUCAGCUGUACCUGCUUACCCGCGAGGAGGAACCCUUCUGUGCCCACCAGUUUCAGCUGCAAAUAUUCAACUCCUUCAACGACCUGCCACUGCGCACCAUUGGUCGCCUGGAGGCGAUCCUCGAGGGAGAUGGUGGUCUCAACGAGACCUUCGAGAUAUCUGAGAAAGACGAUGCGGAGUUUUUCGCCGGCGAUAUAGUGUCCAAGAUUAUUGUGCCACAUCCGGCACUGGGAUUCCCCACCACACUGAGCCUGCACUACAAGUCGUACAGUGGGUGGUUGAGCAAGGGCCUGCCCCACUGGGACAUCGACAAGGUGGUGCUGACGGACAGCUUUGGUCGUAGCCACUCCCUGUGCCGCCCCUCCACCAAACUGAGCAGCGGCAGUCCGGUGCGCCUGCGUCUUCAGGCGGGCAACUGUGAGCUGGACAACCAGGAGGACUACGGGGCGUACACCACCCAACCACCGGCUGCACCACCUGCACAGCAGGCGGGAAAUCCCACGGUGGCAGUGCCCACCGAUGUGCCCGAUUCCAGUGUCCAGGAAUCCGGCUUGGCGGCAUCGGUGGAUGGGGUGGAGAGCGCCAAGCAACGCAAGGACAUCUUCAAUUUGGGCACCAGCUUCAAGUUGGCCCGCAAUCAGACUUAUCCCCUUGACCAGGGCGACGAGCUGCCGUGGCAACCGAUUUUGGUGGGCAACUCGCUGGAUAAUGAGACGGCCGAGGCCGCGGAGUCCAGUCGCAGUCUCUCAGACUCGAUUGCUGGCGAGAUCUUUGAACCGGUGCUCAAGGAUCGCCGGCUGGCGGUGAAUAGGGGGCGGAAUCUGCAGGAUUACGCCACCACCGACAGUCCUGAGAUUCUGGAACCCGUUCUGAAGGCCACCACACCGCGUGUUAAGCAGGGCAAGGAUCUGGAUUUGUCCGAAAGUGAGGUGGCUGCUGGCAUGGUCACAACACUGGGCGCCAUUACAUCCGCCGUAGCGGGCUCCUCCCGCUUGCCCGCCAAGACGAUGGCUCAGGUGGGCACCGGACGUACUCCGGAUCCGGAUGAACCGCAAACCGUCCAGCUGCUGCCAUUCCGACUGGGCGAACUCCUUCAGCGUGCGGAACGUUAUGCCAGGGAGACCCUUCUACCGCUCAUAUCCGUGCAGGCGCCGCGCUUUUUUGGCUUCAAUGUGACGCCCCACGAUCGGGAGCCAGUGCGUCCGGGGGAAUCGCGCAAGCCACGCUAUAUUCCACGCUACGAGGAGUCGGCCUUCCUAAACACCAGUUCGAAUGCCAGGAGGCGAUCGCAGAAGGCCUCGCGCCGCUCGGCAGUGCAGCAGAGAAACCUCUUACGACUUUUGCGAGCGCGAUCCCACGGCCUCGAGGACAGCGAAAGUGGUACGGACGAGCAGCAGGAGGGGCAGCGGGAGCAGCGGAACGAGGUCAACUACUACACCAAUGUGCUGCAAUCGGAAUCGCGGUCCAUGCGGCCCGAGGCACCGGAAUAUAGGCCCGUAUUCAUCGAUCUACCCACCUAUAAGCCGCAAACAGCAGCUGCAUUUUCCACCUCCGCUGCCGUUUCCGCUCCGCUGGCAUCCGCUGCCGUUUCCGUUUCCGGUUCCGGUUCCCUUUCCGCAUCGAGGGCCAGAAGGCGUGGCAGAUCACCAAAGCUAAUUCCCUAAUAUUCAGACACUCAGCUGCCCAAGCUGUCCCGCCAUCGGGGAUGAACACUUUGUGAUAUGCACACCAGAUCGUGGCUAUGGCACGGCUCCAUAACACCCAUCCCACUUCGAUCCUAAUCCCAUCUCAAUCCAAAUCCAGAACACUCAUUCGCAUUGCACCCAUCCCCUCACACUGUAAAUAUUCGAACGAGCAGAGCAAGCGAAGGUACAUAGAUAAUGAAAUGGAAUUUCAAAUCGUGGGAUGUUGCAUCGUAGAAUAAGAUAUUGAAUAUAAGAAAUUAAAUGUGAGAAAUGUAGUUGGUAAGAUAAAGCCUAUUGUCGAGGUAUCUCGACCUUAAGAUACCAGAAUAUAA